UAAACGAGGACGCGAUCUUUUUUUAAAAUAAUUUAUAAUCUACAAUUUUAUGAACCGUGAUAUUUUAUUUGAAUGUUUUAAUAGCUCCUCUCUGUUGCAAACGUAAUAUCCGGAGUUUGACACAAUGGAACUUAAAGAGGGCUUCGUACUGGGUCUAAGAAUAUCCUGCCUGAUGUAUAUCCUUCCCACAUUCAGUGGUAAUCCACUGAAAGGGAAAUAUCACCCUAUUGGACCGGGCACCGACGCUGGACUCUACAACAGAGGGUUUUUCGAAGGAGAUAUCGUUCCUAGCGUGGACAUGAAAAACGCAGUUGCUGACCCGGAACUGCUAUGGCAAUAUGGAACAGUCAUAUAUAAAACAGAAGAUGAUGUCGGGUGUCCAGAAUCUCCUCAGUGCGAGAUACUAAUGAAGGCAAUGGACCAUUAUCAUCAGCAUUCUUGUAUCAGAUUCAAAGAAUGGACGGGCGAAAAAAAUUACGUCAACAUUUUCUUCAAUCCGGACAGUGGGGCCUGCUGGUCCCCAGUGGGACGCACGGGGAAUGGUGAACAACGUCUAUCGCUUGGACAGCGAUGCUGGUACCUGGGAAUUGUGAUCCACGAACUGGGACACGCGAUUGGAUUCUGGCACGAGAUGAACCGUCCGGAUCGCGACAGCUGGAUUUACGUGUACUGGAGCAACAUCAUCUCCGGUUUUGCAUCAGCUUUCGCCAAACACGACCAGUCCACUGUCGACACACUCAACGAGAAUUUCGACUACAAGUCCAUAAUGAUGUAUGACGAAUAUGCUUUCUCCAAGGAUGGCGUGUCGCCUACGGUACAAGCGAAGAAGCCGGGUGUGGUGAUCGGGCCGAUCUGGAAGAAGCCGGGCCUCAGUGCCAGCGACAUUCGUCGCAUUCAGAAACUGUACCAGUGCAAGGGUAACAAUCCAAAGCCAGGAUUCCCGUACGACGAGAUCUGCAAUUUCAACCAGGACACCUGCGGUUUCAAGAACGGAGGCUCGUCUGUUUGGAGUUGGAGGACAGUGAACAGUUCAGAUGGUUAUGUGUAUUCGUCGUUCGAGAAGGCUGGCGUCACUCCUGGAUAUUUCAUGUCCGUUAACUUCCACGGGGUAUCUGAGCAAGACAAAAGGGGCCCAAUGGGGUGUGUUCGCUUCUGGUACUUGCUGCAAGGAGACUGCAGUAUGUACAUCAAGUUGUCGCAGGCUUACCUCAGCAGCUCCACUCAACUAUUCUACGACCCUGAGACGAUGUACGAGCUAUGGGGUAACGAGACUGUCACAGGAAAGUGGAACCACGUAGAAGUUUCACUGUACGUAACUAGGCCGUUCAAGCUGAUCUUCCUGUCCGGCUUCAACCAGACCUGCACAUAUGGAAACAUUGGCCUGGAUGACAUUGAAAUAUUCUAUACACCCUGUGAGACAACCAGCACCACACAGCAACAGCUGCACACCACUUUUUCCUUCAACAGCAGUAGUACCAGCACAACCAAGACCUCAGAAGAAGAAGCCACAGGAUUAUGUGUCACAGACACCCCAGUUCCAACAACCACAAAUAUCCCAUCCCACUGGAUAAUUUCUCAAACUGUGCCCCACACCGCCACUCUGAAGCCACCACUUCACGAUUUUACCAUCUUCCCUCAAGACUUUAUGAAACCUUUGACCACUACUGAAUAAGAACAAUGUUUGCUAAAUACUAGUAACAGACUUGCAGCCAUUCCAAGCAGUGAUUUUAUAUAUCUUAAGAUAAAUUUAGGUCCAACAUCUGAAGUCAUUCAACAUCUUCAUUAUUAUUAUAUAUUUUGGCUAUGUAACCAUUAUGGCCCCAUGUGUAAUUCUUAGAAUUCAAUCCAAGAACAUUUGAAACUGUGAAGUCUUAAAAUUGGCCUCUCCAUCACAUCUUCAGAUACAAGAACACUGUAUCUGCCCUAGAUGUUUCAGCAAACAAUCAUCCAUCAUAGGGUUUUUCUUUAUAUUGUUAUGAAUGCAGCAAUAAAACAAUGAAACAAGAAAUCUGUAUCAUUCAGUUCAGUUAUAAUUUCCUGACAUGACAUAUUAUAGAGAUUCUGCCUUAUAGGUAUUGUGUUGAUGAGUUCGGUCAUGUUCUGGUCAGCUGUAUAUGAACAUAACCAAACUUUUCAGUUUAUAAGUCAAAGUAUUUGUAGGUUAAAUCAUGUGAACACUGAGAAUGACACAUGCACUUAUUUAACAUCCUACUUACAUGUCAAACAAGUUAGAAAUAUUUCCACAUUGCAGAGACAUUGUAUUUUGAUCUUCAGUCCCCCUUCCCAAAAGAACCGGGCUUUAUAUAAGUAAAUUAUUAUAAUUUGUUACCAACAGCACUUGCUAAUUUCUUCUUCUUUAGCGCAUAAAAUGUGACUUGGAAAGGCUGUAAUCUAAAAUGCAUAUCCUAAGUAAAUUAAAUUAUCAAACAAG